UAAUUGUAAUAAAAUAUAUACAUAUGUAAUAAUGUGUAUAUUCAACAUUCCCCAACUGCUGCCUAUAUAUAUACACCCCAUCAACUAACUCUCAUAUAUCGCAUUCAAACAUAUAUACACAAGAACAAUAAAACUGUGAAGAUGGAAAUACCCGUGAUCGACUUUAGCGAGCUCGACGGCGAGAAACGAAGCAACACGAUGGUGCUUCUGCACGAGGCUUGCGAAAAAUGGGGCUUCUUUAUGAUUGAGAACCAUGGAAUUGAUAAAGACAUCAUGGAGAAGGUGAAGCUUUUAAUGAACACUCAUUACGAAGUCAAUAUGAAAGAGAGCUUCUACAACUCGGAUACAGCGAAGAAAAUGGAGAGCAACGAGUUUAUUAAGGACAAAGAUUGGGAGAGCACUUUCUUCGUUUGGCACCGCCCGAAUUCCAACAUCAACGAUCUCUCCGGCCUCUCCAAAGACCUCCAAAAGGCAAUGGACGAAUACAUCGAGCAACUAAUCAAGUUAGCAGAGAAUCUAUCGGAGCUCAUGUGCGAGAAUCUUGGAAUCGACAAGGAUCGCAUAAAGGAUGCAUUCUCGGGAAGUGUGGGCCCCACUGUGGGGACAAAAGCAGCAGUUUAUCCUCAGUGUCCGAAUCCUGAGCUUAUAAGAGGGCUCAGGGAGCACACGGAUGCAGGCGGGAUUAUUCUCUUGCUCCAAGACGAUCAAGUGCCGGGGCUCGAGUUUUUCAAAGACGGGAAAUGGGUUAAAAUCCCGCCUUCGAAGAACAACAGAAUAUUCAUAAACACGGGCGAUCAGAUCGAGAUACUGAGUAAUGGAGUAUACAAGAGUGCUCUGCACAGGGUGAUGGCAAUGAAAGAUGGGAAUAGGCUCUCGAUUGCCACUUUCUAUAACCCGUGCGGCGAUGCGGUUAUUUCCCCUGCUCCGGAGCUUUUGCUUCCGAAUUGUGUUCGUUUUCGAGAUUAUCUGAGUUUUUACUCGAAAACGAAGUUCGGAGACAAGGGUUUUAGGUUUCAGUCCUUGAAGAACAUGGCUAAUGGGAAAGAAGAGGUUCUUAAGGCAGAGAAGUGAGGGUUAUACUUAUACCAGCCUGCUAAUAUGUAAUAAUACUUUGUGCUGUGUGCUAUUUCUCUGUGUGCUGUGUGCUAUGUGUGUGUGUGUGUGUGUGUGUGUUUUCUUGUUUAAGUUUUGGCUGUCAAAGUUCAAGAGAAGCUGCUAUAAAACUGCUUCCUUAACUUUUUCCUACCUAAAUAAAGUGAGUGUUUGUGUAUGCAUAAAUAAUAAAGUUUAAAUAUAUAAAUAUGUUUUAACUAUUAA